AUGCCGGAAGAAUACAUCAUGUCGUCGAAGGCAUGCGUCUACGUCUUGGGCGGUGCGGCCAACACAGCCACCUUGUUUGAUUUUGACGGCGUCUACAUUCUCGAUGGGGGAUUCGCCGAAAAAAGCCCAGGAUUCGUGGCUCACGUCAGGGACGUCUCUGCCGUGCUGCUCGCCGCGCCGACGCUUGGUAACCUCGGAACCACGUCUGCUCUGUUGGAACAGGGAAAACCGUUGCCGGUGUUCACCAACACGAAGCCGUUCAAGACUGCCAAGCCGGGAAGCAGUGGAGAGAUUGCCAAAGCAAUUCAAGAAGCGAACUCGAAGCUUCUCUCCGUUGCACCGCCACUGUUCAGCCCGAAAUAUCCGGCACACAUCAUAUACCAGUCAGCUGCAAAAGGAGUUCUCUCCAUGUAUAUUCUGGCUGGAGACGUCAAAGACUCCGAAGUGAUCACAAAGGCGUUGGCAGGAGGAAACGAGGCAGAAGUGGAGAAGGCGGCCGCUGAGAAUGGAACCAUCGCCGUCCUGCUCUGGAGGCCUGCGAUGACGGAUCAAUCGGCGGUCAGAGUGCUUAUUUCGGGGACGAGCUCACUUGCGAGGAUCCAACAAUCGCUCGACAAGGCAGCGAAAUCACUUCCAUUCCUCAACGCGCCCACCGUGAAGUCGAAGGAUGCGUUGUUGGAUAUUCCUGCUCCUGCCGUUCCACGACCUGUUGCCGGAAAACCAUCUACUAGAUCUGCAUCUACAACCGGCGCCGCAAGAACUCGUCCAGCAAUCCCUGCAGUCAGUGCCCCCAGAGCGUUGACUUCUCGUGCUCCAACAGGCCCAGCUUGUCCGACGACUACACGAAGUGCAGCUCCUGCUACCAGAACAGCCGUUCCACCGAGAGCAACUGCACCACCGAAGGCCGCUUCAGCAUCGAAGGCUCCGAUUAGAGCUCCAAUUCCAGCGAAAUCUGCACCAGCGCCACCAAGAGGAGCCCCUGCGAAGGCAGCCAAGGCCGAGGCUAUCGCUCAGAAGAAAGUCGCUGGGAAAGUUCAAAGAGCCGCUCCAUCGAAGCCUGCUUCGGCGGUCUCAGCUCCAAAAGCUACAGCUCCAGCUUCGACAUCAUCGGCUCCAGCUACAGCUCCAGAAGCUUCUCGAAGGGAUCCGAGCGACGUCACCAUCGUUCUCGACGACUCGCUGUUUCCAGAAGAUUUCAACCAAGGAUCGGCUCCAAUGGAUAUUGUCGUGAUUCCACCAACACCGGAACCACCACGUCUUGAGGAGGCUCGAGCCACGCAUCCGAAGGAACCGAUAGUUGACGCCGAGGACUUGGCGAAGGCUCCACAGGAAGUCGAUGAUGUCGCAAAUCUGGCUGACGUCGAAGACGAAAUUCCGCCACCAGUUGGCGCGUUCAAGAAGCCAGAGCCACGUCCAGAGACGAUAGUUGCUGGCGGUUCCGGGGAAGACAGGAUCCCAGAGCCAGUCGAUGCUUUCAAGAAGCCGGAUCCAGUCGAGCUGGACGAUUUCGAUCCACUGAAGCCAUCACACCCCGACCCAUCUGCACCAGUUGUGCCAAGUGGUCAUUUGAUCGUCGCUACUCCUGAUCCAGAGCUCCCGAACAUUGUUGCUGCUGUUCCAUUCAUUCCUCCAUCACCAAAGGGACCAAAUGAUGGUCUUGUGAAGUUGGAUGAUGAACUGGAGAAGAUUGCUCCUGGGUUUGAGGAACCACUGAUCCCACAAGCUCCACGUGACGAUGGCACUCUUGCCGAAUUCAAUGAAGAUGUGUCCAAAUUAGUUGACAUCAGCAUGGAUACUAACAGCUCUGAAGUUGCAGCGGAUCUUACCAAGGCCGUUGGAGAAGUCACUCAGUUGUCGGCAGAACUUCAGAAUCUGGCUCUCGACGAGAAGACGGAUGAGUAUGUGCGAAAGCUGAGCAAUCAGAUGAUUGAGGACGCCACUCUGCCAUUCACCAGUGCACUUGCCAGCAGCAUUGUUACCUCGAACGGAUCGGAAACGAACGGCCACGGGGAACAAGCACAUGCAGCACAAAAUGGAGGAAUCAAGAUUCCGAAGCAUGAUUUGAUGCAGUCGCACUCCAAUGUGAUUGAGAAUAGAGCUGCUGUAAAGUACGAAAAGACUGAUCCAGCAUUGGAUGCUGUGCUCAAUGCAUGUGCACAGGAGAGUGAACAGAUCGAUGCCUCUCAUCCAGAAAAUCUCCACAUGCCAGCUGCUCCAGGAUCCGUCGCCUCAGCGAAGCCAGUCAAAUUCGCGCGUCCAUACUAUUUCGACGUGGUCACAGUGCCAAGGUACGAGAAAUUGGAGACCUCCGUUGAAGCAGACGGUCUGCAAGAGUUCAUCUCAAAGGUGCGCUCGAGAAAUGUGAUCCUCUCGUCGAAGGAAAUCUCCGGAGAGCAGCUGCAGGCGAUUCUCAGAGGAAAGCAAACAUGGUGUGAUCGUGCUCAUCCAUGCAACGUGAUCCCAACACAUUCCUCUCCGAUGCUGCACGAUUUCCGCCAGAAGAACGAGGAGCAGUUCGCCGCGAAUCAUCUGCAGUUUUCAAUGCCCGUGGAGAAGCAGCGGACGACAGUGAGCUCGGACGCCGGAGUCGUUGAGUAUGAUUUGGCCAGAGUCGAUUUGCUUUAAUUGACUGCCAAUCAAUCUCCCACCAUCGCCACCAAUCUCCCCCACUAUUUUCCUGUGAAUAUUUACACCUUCCCCCCCCCCCCCCCCUCGUUCCCGCAUAACUUAUUUAUUAUUUUUCCCCCCGAGUAAAUUUAUUGCAAAGUUUUCAUGUUUUAUAUAGCCCCCAGUACUGAUCUUUUGGCCCCACCGAAUGCUGCCCAAAAUCACCAUAUUUAAUUUUUCAAUUAUUUAUUGUAUAUUUAUUGGCAGUUUUUUGCUAAAUUCAAUCAUUAAAUACAGUGUUUUAGCAGUCGU